CACAAACGGCCGUUUGUUUUCCUAGUGUUCAUACAAGCCAUGGACGAACUAGAUCAACCACAAGUAUUUGCCGAGAAGAAGAAAGAAACAGUCAAAACGAAGAGGCCUUCCAUGGGCCGCUCGAGGAAGGGCUGCAUGAGGGGCAAGGGCGGCCCCGAGAACGCGCUCUGCACCUACUGGGGCGUCCGGCAGCGGACCUGGGGCAAGUGGGUGGCCGAGAUCCGCGAGCCGAACCGCGGCGCGAGGCUCUGGCUCGGCACCUUCAACACCUCCCUCGAUGCGGCCCUCGCCUACGACGAGGCCGCGAGGAAGCUGUACGGGCCCCCCGCACGGCUCAACUUGGGCCCCGCAGCAACCGCCGUCGCGGCGCCGAUCGACAGCGACGACAGCAGCGGCAACUUCUUGGCCGCGGGUUCCGGCAGCAGCAGCAUAUGCGAGCAAGCGGUGAAGAGCGAAGCGGUCGAUGCUAGGAACCAUUACCCGUUUGUCCUGAGGGAUGAGACUCCUCGUCUCCUGAGGGGAGAUGCCAACAACAAUUACGUGGGCGAGCCGUGGGAGGGUUUGGUGGUGACGGACACGGCGAACGAAGAGCGAGGCGAUUACGAGCGCUGGCGGGAGUUCUCGUUGGGGAGCGAUUAUCUUGAGAUGAGCGAUCUAGGGCUUGGGGGUCGGGAGGAGCUGUGGUUGCUGGAAGGCGGCCAAGAGAAUACAGAUUGGGAGGGCUUGCAAGUUCCAUGGAAUCUGUAUGCUUGACGUGGUUCACCUUCUCCACGAAAGGAAACAAGGGUUUUGGUAUAUCCAGUACAAGAGGAGGAGGAAGAAGAAGAAGAAGCGAAGCUAAGAACCAUGUCAAGUUUGGUUCUUUAGGAACGUUUGCCUUCCUUUUUUUGCCCUUUAUAAAAAGAGAACCCUUUGUAGGUUUGUAUAAAUUAGUUAGGUUUUUACGUUU